CAUAGUGCGGAUGGAAUAAUAUCUGAGCAGGAAACUUCGGUACCCCCAUAAAAAUAAAGUUAAGAAAGUGCAAAUUCACGUUUAGUGAUUUAAAAUACAAAAUUAAAUCAAAAUUUUUACUAAAAUAUUUAUUUAUUAAUGUGAAUUUUAAAAAUAAUCCAUCAAUCCUUUAAUAUAUCUAUCAGCUUUUUUGCAAAAGCAAGAAAGAGUGUUGAGCGAUUUUUUUUGGCGGCGGAAGCGUUUUGUCUGUUAUAAAUGCCACUUUAGGGAAAAGGAUUGGCCUUCGUUCGAUGGGGUGGUCUUUGUCGUGGUAAGAUUAAGUGCGAGUUCAGUCCAUGGUGUGUCCUGUCCGUAAAAAUACACAACAACAAAAAAAUCCGAUAUAUAAAUCGUAGAAAAGUAUAGAGAGAAAAGGACUGCCGGUUAAACUGCAUUGCCGACUAAACAAAUCAUCCCCUUUCCUUGUGAAUAUUGGUAUGGUGCAUUUUUUAUAGUGGUAUCCAUCCUUUUGAUUACGGGCGAAUCCGUUUUUUUCCGAUUGAUUGUACAACUUUGUUUUGAUUGUGUCGAGAAUUUUAGCAAAAUAAAAUAAUCCCAUAGAUAUUUGUGUAAGAAAAAUAUGAUAAAGAAAAGGACUUUUUUUCUACCAACCUACAUUUAAUUACCUAUGUGCCAGUAGUGCUUCUAUAUAUACACAUAUGUAUUACUAACCUAUAGUUUAAAAAAUAUAUACAUAUAUAAGUACAUACCUACAUACCUCCUGUACUUAUUUAUACCUGCUAGUGUUCUUCUACGCAAUUCCAUUAGAAGGAAAAAUAAGGAUGUCAACAAAAGGAUCAUUGAACUUUUGAUAUAUAGCAACGGUAAUAACAACAACACAGCAACAACUGAAAUCGCUAAUUUUCCGAAUCAGAAGCCGUUAGAACCGUCUUCAUAAGAACUGACAAAAUCAAAAAAAAAAACAAAAACGAAAGGAAAACCAAUCUAACGUUAACUCCAAUGGACCAAUUUAUAAAAACAACAACUAUAGACUUAACAAUGGAUUUUUAAAUUCUACACACAAUCAUCAAUCAGCGCUUUCAUCUAUAUAUAUAAUCUCGUAUCUAUAAAUUAACAACAAAAAUAAACAAUCAAAAACUUUGACAACAAAACAAUUUUCGACAUAUCUUCGACACACACUUUUUACAUAUACUCGUAAUACUUUUUAUAAACAUUUAAAACUAAAACCUACCGACAAAAUUUUACACACAAAUUUUGUAACGAAAAGGAAUGCAGCGUUGUCCUUACAUACAUGAAAUGCGAGAACGUCUUCUUUGUGAACAGCGUGAAUCAGUAGCUCUGGAACCAAUGGAACGUGCUAAUUUACUUGACAAUAGACAGUCGGCAGAAUCAAAUCAGGUCGGGACAGUUGUUAAGCUCCAUGCCGAUGGUUAUCACACAAGUCCAGCACACCAAAGAACUCCACUAGUGCCACGCGAUCUAGGAGAAGAUUUCAAUUUGGAUUUCGACGACGAUUUUCCAAUUGAUGCCAAACGCCCAAAAAACGCAAACAGUGAACUGGAGACUGUAAUAGUAUCACCACCACCAAAAAGUUCAUAUUGUUAUACAAUUAGAAACAGUGGUACCAAUCCAUCAGGUAUGAGUCGAAGUUGCCUUCCAUACGAAAACCGUGGAAGCCACAAGAAGCAUCCCAUGUACUACCCGAAUGAGUUAUGGACAUCGCUCUUUAUCGUCACCAGUUUAGUGUAUGCCAUUAUACUAAUCGUUGUUUGUAUUGCAUACGUGAUCAGUGAUGUGACAACACACCGUUUACCAGUUUUAUACUACGAAGGAUUCUUUACCUAUUUGUAUGGCGCCAGUAUACUCUUCCUGCUGUAUGUCUUCUGUUUCCUCCUUCAAGAGAGUACGUGCUGCAACGGAGGCAGCAAACCGAAAUCCCCACCAAAGGAGAAAAAAUCAAAGAAACAAAAGCAAAAGAAACCGGAUCCAGCCGAUUCUAAGGAUGGAAAGGGAAACAAGGAUUCCGGAAAAGGUGGAAAGCCUAGCCCUUUUCAGGAACGAUUUCCGAUCAAGAAACGUGAUUUGGUUCGGCAGUCGCUAUUAAGUCAGGAUUCACAGGCCGAAGUUGAAGCUGCCGUCACACCAAAGAAUGUCCGCAAACGAAAAACAACCCACAGUGAUCCCACCCAUGGUAGCUUCUUUCUUCGUGUUGGUGCAAUUGCUUUCGGACUUGGAGCAAUGAUUUAUAUUGGCCUUGAGUUUGGUUCCUUCUUCGAGAUCCCAUUCGAGUCGCCAUGCCACCACAUUCUGAUCGGAGUGAAUCCAUUGUUGCAAAUGGUCUUCACAUUCAUGCAGAUGUACUUCAUAUUUAUGAAUGCUAGACUCAACAUCCAUCGCUUUAAGGUAAUAGCUCGUUUUGGUUUGAUGCACGUUGUUGCUACCAACAUUUGCGUCUGGAUUCGAACCAUGGUCAAGGAAUCUCUGCAUGAAAUCACAAUCUACCAUCAGCGUCGAGGACUAACCCCGGAGGAUUCAAUUAUCCUCGAAUCGAUUCGACGUCACACUCUGCGACAUGCCGGAACUGUCCUCAGAACCCACAUUGGGCCAAACGAUGACUUCGAAAUGAUCGACACCGAUACUUCAGCCCAUUCACAAAACGUUCUUUCAAAGAUGGUUCGAGCCACAGCCGAGGGUGUUACUCGAGGACUGACAGCAGAUAAUAUUGAAAUGAUGACUACAGCUAGAGGCUCAACUCCCACCACUAGCACACCAUCGACAACACAAACUACCACCACCGAAUUGCCAUCGACAACAGCUGCUUUGGCGUGGGCCAGCACAACAAUGGCACGAAAACUCAAGAAAUUUAUUACCUCGACCACCACUACUUCGACUACAUCAACCACAACAACAACAACAACUGAAGCUCCAGCUACACACCUUUUCCAAUCGACAGUAGUUCCAUCCCAUGUAUUCGAUGCUACAACCGGAGAGAGCAGCACGCCGAGCUUGACUACUUUCCAUACACCUUCAAGCAGUUUGGCAUCAUUCUUCUCAGCUUUAACUUCGUCUACUCCAUCGGCGUCCUCGACUGAAAACGGUGUUCUUAUGAACAACUUAUUUGGUGGUCUUGAGAACAGCUAUCAGACCUUUUCUGGCAUCUCGCAUCCCGAACCUGUUGUUCCAAUUGACGCCAUCGAGAGCUUAGACAAUAUCUACCCAGCAGCACUCUCGUCCAGCAUUGGAACUCUGAACUCAACCGCCUGUGGACGUGUGGACAUAAUGGGAACCAUUGUCUAUGACUCAGCACCGUAUUUGUAUCCCUUUAUCAUUGAAUACUCUCUGAUUGGAGCCGUGGUGUUGUAUGUAAUGUGGAAGCAUAUCGGACGCUACCCCAGACAUAUGAACGACGAAGACCUAGAACACCGUCUGGAAGUUAUGUUGUCACGCCGAGCAGUCGCCAUGGCCCAACAAGCCCGGUCAGGACGUGUAGAUUGUGUUGGCUCAUCAAAGGGUCUCUUCUUUGGACUUUUGCUCUUGGUUGGUUCGCUGAUUUGUUUGAUAUUGUUCUUUGUCCUCGUGCGUCAUCCACAAUUUUCGUUGUUGGCAAUUUAUCUCGCUGACGCUAGUCAUUGUGCUCUGAUGGCAUUUGCGGUUCUUGCCAUCAUUAUUGGUUUUAUAAGGGUGAAAUCAUUGAAAUUCCGUUGUGAGGAACAAAGUAAUCUGAAUGACAUUCUACUUCGCAUUUCGGCUUUUGGUCUGUUUACGUACUCAGUUUUUAGCGUUAUUGCUGGUUCAUUGAAAGCACUGGAAAGUGAACCAAAUCUUCUAGUCAUGAUCACUGGCAUUGGAGCUGUAUUUCAAGUUGUAUUACAAUUGUUAUUUAUUGCUGAUGUUUCUAGGCGUCGAGUACAUUUGCCUGAACAUGAUCGCAGCAAACCAGGACGACAAAUUGUUACAUUUUUGCUUAUUUGUAAUGUUUCUAUGUUUGCCAUUUAUACGUUUGAAGCUCAAAAGGUCUUCGCCAAUCCCGUUCAACUUGAUUUCUACGGCUUCGUUCCAUGGUCAAUAAUCCAACGUGUUACACUGCCCCUUUGCAUUUUCCAUCGCUUCCAUAGUGCCGUUACACUUGCUGAAAUCUGGAAAACCACAUACAAAGCUCGACUGGAGUAAAUCAUUUUGAAGAAAUAAACAAACAACAAACAUCUUUGCUACGAUUCUUACAUAAAAUUAUGUAUAUUAUAAUAAUUUAUCAAACCCCAAAUACAUUUUAUUUCUUUGUUUAAAAAAAAAAAAAAAAUAUAUACACAUACCAUCUAUACUUCAAUAUUUUUCUAUCAUUUGAUUUUUGUUUCUCGCAAUUAAAAAACUGAUUUAAUUCUAAGCAUAAUAUUUGACAAUGAAAAAGAAAAGUUGAACUAAAAAUAAAACAAACAAAAAAUAUUAUAACAAAUUUAUGCACAGGAACAGAGUGAUUACAGAAAUUUCAACAAGUCUUUUUUUUUAAGUAUAGGUACUCUACCCUCGAAUCGAACAACAAAAAUAUAAAAUGGAGAAAAACAUAAAGUAUUUAUACAAAUAAAAAAAAACAAUAAAUGAAACCAAUAUCGUUCAUCUAUUCAAGUUUAAUAUUUAUAUAACUAAAACCAACAACAACAACUUCAUAAAGGUAUAUAAACUAAGUCAUAAUGAAAAAAAAAGUGAAAAAUAUAUAUAAGUAUAUAUAUAAAAUUUAUUUACCAUUGAAUUAUUUAUUUUAUAAUAUUUAAUAACGUUACCUACUUUAUUAUUUACAAUAAAACUAAAAAAAAAAACAAUUUACCAAAAUAAAAAAAAACUUGUUGUGUACUUAUUUUUUUAUUUAUAAUUAACAAAAACAAAACGACAUAAAAUCGUAAUCUUUUAAGAAAAACAAAUAUAUUAACGUUAAGAUUUUUAAAAUUAAGGGUAACAUAGUGUUAUAUAACAUUCUCACAAAUCGAAAAAAAAGCAUUACAUUUACCUACAUAAUUCAGAAAUAUAAAUACAAAAAUAAAAUUAAAAAAAAAAUUAAAAAACUUGUUCCCAACUCUGUAUAGGUGUUAGAUUUGAAAAAUAAUUUAUUAAAAAAAAAACUUUAACAAUAUAUAAAUAAUAUAUACAUACAUAAUAUAUAUAUUAAAAUAUAACUUUAACAUAGAUCAAUGAAUAUCAAUCUGUUUACGAAAUGAAAAAAAAUUAAAAACCAUUGCAUUACCUAUAACUGACUUACACACACACACAUCACUCGAUAUUCAAGUGUUUUUGAAACACUGCGAUGUACAUACACACGCAUAGAAAUCAUUAUUCAAUGUCAUCAUUUUAUUUUCCUUUUCUACGUGAAUAUAUCGUCUAAGUUUUUAAACUUUUGAGAAGUUUUUCCCUUCCU